AUGUCUUCUUCUGCUAAUGAGUCUGUACCUGGGUUAAAACAGAAAAAAGUGUUUAAAAUUAUUGUAUUGGGUGAUUCUGGAGUCGGAAAAACAUGUUUAACUUUUCGCUUUUGUGAAGGACAGUUUUUAGAUAAAUCAGAGGCAACUAUUGGCGUAGAUUUUAGAGAAAGAACAAUAAAGAUACGAAAUGAAGAUAUUAAGCUACAAUUAUGGGAUACAGCUGGUCAAGAACGUUUUCGUAAAUCAAUGGUGCAACAUUAUUAUAGAAAUGUUCAUGCAGUUGUUAUUGUUUAUGAUAUCACAAAACCAGAAACAUUUCAUUCAAUAGCAAGUUGGAUGCAAGAGAUAGAAUCCCAUGGCUUGAUGGGUGCUCCUCGAGUCCUGGUUGGUAACAAGUGUGACUGUGGUACUCCAGAAUCACGGCUUGCCACCACAUAUGCUCAGCGGUUAGCUGAUAAAUAUGGGAUGCCUCUUUUCGAGACAUCAGCACUAUUGGACUCUGAGUGUGAUAAUGUAGAGUCAAUAUUUAUGACAUUAGCACACAAAUUAUACUCAAAGCAGCCACUGCGAGUAAUUAGUGUAGAGGGUGAGCUGGGUCCUCGUAGAGUGACUCUAUCAAGACAAAAGCGUCCAAUGCGAAAUGAUACAUGUUUAUGUAGCUAG